CCGUCAUGCAGCUGAAAUCCUUCAAGAGACCCUUUUUUCUAUAAAUAAGACGACGAGCCAUCCUGCGGAUAUGCUGCUUUGCCACGCACCCCUUUGCAGAUCCUUUUCUUUUACAAACGCACACGCCAACAGGCGCCAGUAUUAUUGCGUCCGUAGCUGGAACAACUGGAACAACGCAGCAACAGCAGCUGCCAGCCUUUUAAAAAAACCAGCACUCACACACACACACACUCAACCAAAACAACACAAAAUAUGGCUUCCAUCAGCCGUUGAAGAAAAGGACAACAAGUUGAGGAGUUUCUCCAGUGUACAGAAAAGAAAAGUGCAAGAAUUCCAACGCCCAUUUCUCAUUUGUGACAUGGCACAAAGGUUCAGUCUCGGCAACGAUGACAUGCCACCAGUGGUUCCCGGUCGAAGUCGUUCACCGUCCUACGUCCGAAGUAUAUCCGCCUCUCAAGUGCCGACCAUGUCCUCGUCACAGAACAACAACAAACCGCCGCCCGUUCCAAGAAAUUCGCUGAUUCGCAGUAAAAGUGCUCAACUCUAUCAACAACAACAGGGUAAUCAAGUCAUGACGUCAUCAGCUCCCUUCGUAAAGGUCAACCACCACGAUCUGUCCGCGGGAGGCAACAAAAACAACAACAACAACAAUAAAGAUCAUCGAUUGAAUGAUGUCCACGUAACAACACCAGCAGAUGGCGAACCGAUUGUAUUAUCAAAGAGUUUUACCUUCGAAUCACCCAAUGGCGUCCGUCGCAAAAUUCCUGUAACGCCCGUCCUCUCCACUGGACCUAAAAAAUCCAAUCAACAUCACGACACUCUUCAUUAUCGGCACGGAACGUUGGUGUUUCCAACGGAUGGUCUUGUCCAGCCAAAGGCUAUUGACUCGUCCGGCAUUUUCACUUCCGUAUUGAACUCUCCAAGUCAAAGUCCAUCGGAGGCUGUGAUGAGUCCAGCUGCCAGCCCACCAAUAAUCCAGUUCAGCCAUCCAGCUGCGAUGUUCAAUCAGUUUGUCGUGUCGCUCGUCGAUCAUAGCGUUUUGAAAUUGUGCCAAGAUGGCGACGCUGGCGCCUUGUCCCGAUACCUAAGUCUCCAUCACGACAAGAUUUCAGCCAGAAAUUUAAAUGCUAUCGAUCAAACGGGAAAAUCAGGUUUGUUGCAUGCGGCCAUGACAGGCAAUGUGGCCAUCGCUCGUCUUUUAAUUAAAUUACCUGGUCUGGAAGUUAGUUUGGCUGAUAAUGAAGGUAACACUGCCCUUCACCUGGCCUCACAAGCAGGUCAUGCAGAUGUCGUUAGUCUACUGACAUUGUGUCCAAAUUUAACCAUCGACAUACGCAACAAUGCCGGCCUUACUGCUUUAAUGAAAGCUGCUUUGCAAGGCCGAGUUCGAUGCACUCGGCUGCUUUUAUUGGCCGGCGCAUCGCCCGUCCUGAGGGAUUUCGGACGGGGACUUUGCUCGGUUGAAUGGGCUCGGCUAACGGGCCGUUCCAAAUGCGCCGAAAUUAUCGACAAAUACAUGGACAAGAUGCAACUCAACCCGGGACUUGGAUUGAAAUCAUUUCAUCACGGUGGAGUGGUAGCCUCUUCUGAGCCCAGCCUCCAGCAAUUCUCCAAACGAUCGUCUCUUGUCCUCCUCCCAUCAGCCAAGACCAAAGAUUCUUGGGUUAAAAAUACAUUGAAGAAAGCCAUUCGAAUUGUUAGCGGUGGAGGAUCGGAUCAGAAUGGAAACAGCAAAGGAUCGACGUUUAGCAUUGCGUCUCAAUUGACGGGCAGUGGAGUCAUGGGCGCCAGUGUUUUAUUGCCCGGUGAUCCGUCUCGAAGAUCUUCCAUGCCCGUCUUGCCUACCAAUAACUCGGGUGGAGCUGCUGGUUUUGUUGCUGAAUUGUUUGAUCGACAUCGCUCGCAAGGUCGUUCGCCAUCGCCUCAUCCGCCGACAUCUUUCAACGUGCCCAGGAUUCAAGUCUCUUACUGGAACAAUACGGUAGGAGGCAAUAUCCCUCCACCACCGUCCAGCACACCGAAAAUUAUACCGGGCGAAAUGAGACCGCAAACGAGUAGCCGCAACCGGCAACGUUCAAGGAGUUCAAUUCGAUCCUGAAAUGUUUUUAAAAUGGAAAGGUCAAUAUAUUGAAAAUUAAAAAACAACAGAUGAUUGCGAAUAAAAUCUGUUGAUUAUAUGUCAUGUGAUGGAUAUCAUGACCGAAUACAAAUGAAGGAGAACUAUAUAUUUAAAAAGAACAUACGUUAAUUAGUUUCAGUUUGUUGACUUGCUCCUUCUGUGAUGUUAUACUCAAUGAAGAUUAGCUAUGUGCCAAUAAACAAGGGUUCUUUUUCUAUGA